UAAAUUUAAAAACCCCAAAACACAAUCAUUAAUAAAUAACAGUAUCCAGUGAUAAAAUCAAAACAGGCAGCCCAGAAAAAUCCUAAAACUGCAGGAACAGUUAAAUAUAGAAUGGCAUCAAAGAUACCAACACACCAAUUGCAGUCUUUAAUCAUGAGAACACAGCGAUAAAUACCGUAUAUUCUGGCAUAUAAGACGACUGGGCGUAUAAGACAACCCCCAACUUUUCCAGUUAAAAUAUAGAGUUUGGGAUAUACUCGCCGUAUAAGAAAUAUAACCUGGAAUAUAAGACAAACCGCGACUUUUGAGAAGAUUUUCCUGGGUUAAAAAGUAGUCUUAUAUGCAGGAAUAUACAGUAGGUAUGUUUUUGAGGACUUCGGUCAUUAAGCAUGAUUUAUUGCCACAGACUUGGAGUUCUCGGGUUCCACCACCAAUGGCAGCUGGUUGCAAAUCAUGAUUUGACGUGAUAUGUGAACUGAGCCAAAAUACUGGUCCAGAGUUUUGUGGCAGUUGGUCGCUAAUAGCACAAGAUGUGCCAGGUAUGCUCCAAUUCUUUGAGACAGUUCUCUGUUGAGGAAGUUAAGACAGUGAAAGAACUAACACACAGCUUUCUGCUAAUGUAUAUCCAAUUAGGGCUGCAGACAUUAAUUAAUGGAAACAAGUAGACUUAAGUGCAUUAAAGCUUCAGUCAGUUGAUUGGCGGGGCUGCGAUUAUAAGGGAACACCAAUUAUUUUUCCAAAUAACCUUCUCUCAGGUGUGGCAUGUUUGUGGUACUUAAAAAUCCUUGCCUAUCUCUCUGCUAAAACAUUUGAGUUAAGAAGUACAUUUUACCUGGUUAUAUCUGGGUAUAGUGGUUUGUAAGAGAAAAUAAUUUGUUUUAAUUAUUAAAGCAGAUCCCACUAUUCUCCCCACUAAUUCUUCCAUCAUUCUCCUUUCACAAUCAAAGGACUUUGUUUACUGAGCUGCAGUAAGUCUAUUUUGGAUGACUUUCUUUCAUUAAAAUGGGAUUAUUUAGCUGGUGAGACAAGAAUAGCAACCUACAAAUGUAAGUUUGGUCAAGUUAACCAAUUUAGGGAGAGGCUGUAGCUCAGUGGGAGAGCUAAUCCUUUCUGUAUCUCGGAGAUCCCAUGUUUAAUCCAGGCAUCACCACUUAAAAGAAUCAGGUGAUGGGAAAGGCUUUUCUCUGCCUAAUACCCCAAAGAGCUGCUUGUCAGACAGCAAAUACAAUACUCUCCUAGGGUAGCUGUACAGCCGGCCCUAUCAUUAGGCAUGGUGAAGAGAUACCAUGUCUUGUAAAGAGGCGGAAAAUUGUUCUUUCUUAUUCUGUUUUUGCUGCCAGCAAGAAGGGCAAUUGUGGGAUUUUCUGCCUCAGGGGUCAAAAUAACUUGAUCAACCUUGGGUACAAUGCCCUGUGAGAAAGGCUCGAUUUUACUGCAUCGCUUCUGGCAGCAAAAUGUUUUGGACCAGCCCUGGCUAAAAGGAGAAAUAAAAUGGCCUGGAAUAAGGCAGUUUCUUAUGAUCCUAAAAUGUCCCCUUUUUUCUAGGAUGGCUCUGGCACCUCCCAGUUACUGUUUUGUUGCGUUCCCACCACACACUAAAGAUGGCCUUGUAGUCAUUGGGAAAAAUUCUGCACGGCCCAGGGACGAGGUGCAAGAAAUAGUUUAUUUUGCCUCUGCUACUCAUGAUCCAGGAUGCAAAGUUGAGUGCACAUACAUUGAGAUUGACCAGGUGCCGAAGACCAACGCUGUCGCUCUGAGCAGACCUUCCUGGCUUUGGGGGGCAGAAAUGGGGGCAAAUGAACAUGGAGUCUUCAUUACCAAUGAAGCCAUUAUCACCAAAGAACCAGCCUCAGAAACUGAAGCUCUCCUAGGAAUGGAUCUUGUCAGGCUUGGUCUAGAAAGGGGUGGAACAGCUAAAGAAGCCUUGGAUGUCAUUGUCUCUCUGUUGGAAGAGUAUGGUCAAGGAGGCAAUUAUUACGAAGAUGGGAGUGUAUGCCAUGCUUUCCAUACUGCGUAUCUGAUAGUUGACAGAAAAGAAGCUUGGGUCCUGGAGACUGUUGGGAAACACUGGGCAGCAGAGAACAUUACAGAGGGAGUCAAGUGCAUUUGCAGCCAGCUUUCCUUAACUACAAAGAUUGAUGCAGAGCAUCCUGAGCUUAGGAGUUAUGCAGAAGGUCAAGGGUGGUGGACUGCAGAUACAGAGUUCAACUUUUCUCAAGUAUUUUCUCAGGCUGAUAACCAUUCAGAUUGUUGUUUGGCGAAGGAGAGCCUAGAGAAGCAAGAAGGCGCUAUCACUGUGGAAAUGAUGAUUGACAUCUUGCGGGAUAAGCCUGGCGGUAUAUGUGUGGAUUCAGAGUCUUUUCUUACUACAUCAAGCAUGGUGUCGGUAUUACCUCAGAAUCUUAGUUCCCCGUGCAUCCAUUUUUUUACCGGCACACCAGAUCCAUCAAGGUCCAUAUUUAAACCUUUUAUCUUCGUCGAUGAUGUAAAAUUAGUAUCAAAAGUACAGUCACCCAUUUUUGGUAGUGAUGAUCCUGUGAAAAAAAUCCCUCGGUUCCAGGAGAAACCAGACCGCAGACACGAAUUGUACAAAGCACACGAGUGGGCCCGAUCAGUCAUGGAGAAUGAGCAGGAAAAAGGAGAGAAGCUGAGAAGAACCAUGUUAGACCUCGAAAAGCAAGGCUUGGACGCAAUGGAGAGCAUUAUUACCAGCUCGGAAGUUCUUGAUCCUUCUGAAGUAGAGGACCUUUUCUAUGACUGCGUUGAUACAGAAAUUAAGUUCUUCAAGUGAAGUGAGUCCUUUUCAUAUCUUCAUACCAAUAACUACUUUUUUUAGAAAUAUAAGUUGGCUUCACUGUUUGGUCCAGUCCCUUUGUAUCUCAGACCUAAAUCUGCAAUUGUGAAUAAGAAACUGAUGUUUUAUGGGUUGUGGUUAUUUUGCAAAGUCUCCUAAUGGAUUUGGAUAUUCCCACCCGGCAUUUAAACUUGCAUUUGUGAUUAACAGUGAAUAUUAAAGCUUUGCUUUUUCUCAUUGCAGUGACCGUAGACACCUUUAGCCUUCACAUAAGAAGACCAUAAAGCUCUUCAGGCCUUGAAAGAUAUUCUUGCCAUAUUGCCGGAUUUUUGGAAGAAAUUGCCCUCUUUUUAGAAAAAGUUCCUCAGUAGCUGUAUCCCGUUAACACAUUCCUUCCCCCCCCCUUUCUUUUCUUUUCCUCCUGUGUUGUCCUGUGUGUGUUAUGGAAAGAGGGCCUUCACUGACAUGUGUGCAUGCUGGCUAAUGUAAUGCAGAACGUUUUUUUCAUUCAUCUGGGCAACCAAAACUAAGAAUGACAAAUAGCCAGAGUCCAUGUAGUUCUAAAUAUUGCAAAUCAAAAUGAGCCUGAAAAGUUUUGCCUGAAAAGUUUGAUCCACAUGUAAAAGGACAAAAUACAGCAGGUACAUGGUAUAAUUGUCAACAGUGGAACAAGCUUCUCACUUGUUCUAGUUCUGGCAAUUUAGAGUUGGGUCUGUUGAGCUGUGUGCUGCCUCACCUAUGCACAUUUUGGGCUAGUAGCUUUCUUUUCUUUUCUUUUCUUUUCUUUUCUUUUCCUUUCUUGCUUCUCUCACCUAUCGUUCCAUAUUACUGCAUAUCAGGCUGCGAAGAUUACAUUUGAAUAAUCAAUUUCUCCCCAAAAUAGAGUUCUGAACAGUGUGAAUUGGCCUAAGCAUUUAGAGAGAGAGAGAAGCAAGCUUACAACUGAAGGUAAGAUCAAGAACCUUAAUUUGGUUGUGGGAACUGUACCAUAGCUGCUUAGGAAAGGCAAUUGUUCCAGUGAAAUGGCCAGAAUUUGUUCAGAUAUUUGCUUACACCAAGGAUGGGGAACUUAUGGCUCUCCAUAUGUAGCUGGGAGCACAAUUCUGAUCAUUCUUGCCUGCUGGUCAUGCUGGCUGGGACUGAUGAUAGGCAGUAGAUUUCAUUGUUCCUUUGUGAGCUGUCUUUGGCACUUAGUCGAAAAAUAUACAGAGGCGUACCUAGGGGGUGGUGAAACUGGCCCCUGCCAGGGGUGCAGGACCGGGGAGGUGGGGACAUGCAAAAAUCAGCACAGGAGAGGAAGGGAUGCUGUUGCAGCACCCAGCAAGAGAGAGCGCUUCCAAAGCAUUGAGUCUACCCUCCUGGCAGGCUAGAAGCACCAUUGCUUUCUUCCUUCCCUCUCCCCACCAUAUGUCAGUCAAAGUUAGCAAAUCGGGAAAGGCUGUUGGGGCAAUGAGCCUGAGCAGCAGCCACUUCCUCUAGUUUGCAAGCAUCUUGGGAAGAGCCAGAGGCAGGGGGGCUGGACAUGCCAGCUCUAGGGGAGGGUGCCUUCACAGCCUGGCACUCCUGCAAGAAGCACAGGGCCAGGCAGACAAGAGAGCAAGUGCCUUUGCAGAAGCCCACAGAGGGUGCUGGCGCUGUGCAGGACAGGAGUUCCAAAGGCUGGUCUGCUGCCCGUGAGGUUCCUCUCCAAACCAGGAGGAGCAGCAUCAAAGGAGCUUGGUUCCUGCUUCUCUUUCCUGCCAGGAGGAGCAACUCCUCAGCAGGGGUGCCUGGAGGUGGAAGUCCUCAUUUCCCACCCUUGCUCAAACUCACCCUGCCAGUUCCUCACUCAGAUAAGAUGGUGUGUGUGUGUGUCUCGCCUUUGAUGUUUGUUAGAUGAUUAUUUAAAUUUCUAAUUACAGCAACUGUUUUCUGUUCAAUUACAUUUCAUAGGCAAGGCAAAAUAGAUCACUGUACAUUUAACUAUUUAUAGUUAAAAAGCUAAUUGUGAGGUCUUGUACAUUUUCCUGAUGAGCUCUGAGGCUGUACCCCUGUGCACACUUUUGCGUUUGUAAAGCCAUGCUAGGGCUGGGCAAUAUCCAGCUUUCAACAUUGUGAUGUACCACCAGCUAAAUAUCACAAUAUAACGAUACAUCUCAAUGUCUGAAGUAUAUGGAGCUAUGUAGAGGCAUUGGCUGGCUUCAUGGUUUUCCCCCACAGUAUGAUUUUGGCAUAGCAUACGCACGCACACACACACACCUUGAUUUGUGAUACAUUGCCUGGUCAAAAAUUAUGAAACAGAUAUCAUGAUAUGGACUUCAAGCCGCUUUUCGCCAACAUAUUGCCCAGCCCUACGCCAUUCCUGUUGAAAUGUUCUCUCUUAACACAACUAUUAAAAGGUUCGGGAAUCCUCAGUGAUGCCAAUCAGGAUAGGGCUUGGGGGGCAGAGAUACUCAGCAGGGUUGGCUUACAACAGGUGUCGGCAACCUAAGGCCCAUGGGCCACAAGUGUCCCACGGGGGUUGUUUAACCGGCCCACGAGCAGCCACCAAACUGCCCAUUUGGCGAGUUCUCGCAUGCUGCGCUAAACAGGCGCAGUGCAGUGUGGGUACUCGCUUCUGUGGCGCAGGAAAUCGUGGGUGCGCACGCGCUCACACGCACGCUCCAGCCCCCAGAGACAUGUGAAUUGGCCCAGGAGAGGUAAACCUUGCCGACCCUUGCCCUGCAACAUUUCGAGGCAAUAUGCAGGCCAAGACAGCUCCUUGCCAAGGGAUCCUAGGUACACCUCUGAUCCCAUAAUUGUACCAAAACAAGACUAAUGUACAAUGUGAAUCUCUCUUUUCCUCACAUGGGGAAACUAAAUUAUUGGCUCAUUGGCAUUGUGAAAUGGCCGAGGAUAAACAUGAUACUCUUCCCUGAUUGUUAUGUUCAUGUUGAAUCUGUCUUCCUUUGUGUGGUUUGCAUUUUUGUCAGUGUUGUGUAGAUUUGCAUCAGACAUGGUCAAAGUGGAAGUCAAACUCUGCUUGCCAUUAGCUGAAAUGUAUGUAAGCCUUUGCUCCGGAUCAUUGCUUCUGUUCUUAAAAAAAGGAUGAGAGCAAUCAUAUAACCUGUAAGUAUCAAGCAAACAUAAUUAAAUUCUAGAAACUAUGGUGCUAGUCCUGUAGAUUAAGAUUUCCUACCACCAAGUGAGCUGUGUGUGUUCACAACCCUUAAUUUUUUUCUUAAGAGGGGAAACCCCAACAUAGUCCAUUGCUGAACACCACACAGAUCUUGAGCUUUCAGUGUAAGUGUAGUUUAUGGAAGAUCCUGGCAACUGAGGAGGAGAUAGAAGCAAGUGCAAGAGUUGUGGGAUGGCUUUCUCUUUGUUGAUACUUUCAGAAACUAGCUUGAGACUCAGCCUAUUUUCCUCCUCCUCGGUUGCAACUUUGUGGAGCCCAUGUAACUCCCUCAUUGCUCAAAUACUAUGUCAGAAGUGCAUGUGCACACACAGUUUCUAAAUAAAAUGCCUAAAAUAUAAAGUAAGUUGACGCGUUACUACUUAUUUCAAUCCACAGAAGAGGCAUCAAAAAGGCAGUUGGAAAUUAUAGGGCUUGGUGAAUCUUAGGCAGUAAAAGUGCAUUUUGGUUUCUGUAGUUUCCUCUAUAGUAGGUGCAGGGAACCUCUGGCCCACCAGCUGUUGCUGAACUACAACUCCCAUCAUCCCUGCACAUUGGCCAUGCUUGCUAGGGACAAUGGGAGUUGGAGUGCAGCUGGAGGGCUAUAUGUUCUCCACUCCUGUGUCACACUAACCAAAGGCUUGGGGUAUGUUGGGGGGGGGGAGGCCCUGCUGCCUCACCCAAGAUAUGUUGGCAUGAGCAGCAUCCAAUUGAGUCAGAAUCUGUAAAUCUUUGUUUACAUAUUUCUUGUGGGAACAUGGGCUUGCAAUCAUCUGGGAUUCGUGUAUUAGACAAUGCUGAUUGACAAAACUAAUAAAAUGGUUUCUGCACAGAGUAAUCUCUUGAGUGGCUAAAUACUUCUGUACACUUUCCUCCUGGUUUUUCUUCCAGUGAAGAAUAAAUCCUAAGGAUAAAACUUACUACUGAAUUAGACAUCGUCUCCUGGUUACCAAUUCAAGCUUAGUUAUAACUCUGGCCCUCAGUGUUUUCUACCAAAUCUAAUAAGUUUUUAUACAGGGGGAAUCUGAAAUAGAUCCAUUGUAACAUAUUAGAAAGCAAAACAUGUGUUUGAUGAUAAUUUAAUAUCUGCAGAUCUAAAUGAAAGCACUUUUCAACCAUUUACUGACUCCCAAGAGAAAAAAAAAGAUGAAGUUACAUUUAGCAUGGCGUUUUGAAAUGAAAUCACAUGGUAUUUUUCAUACUAUUGAGAACACUUCUUUGUUUCUAAAUAUCCAAUUCACAGAAAGACUUUGCUGCUAUUUUUCUAGGUGCAUGCGGACUCCCAUUUUGCACUUCUUUCUCCCUGCUAGAGAUAAAAUGGGCAGAGUUCAGUAGUCAAGGAGACCAAUAGGGAUGCUUGCUCCCUUAUUUAAAAAUCAAGAAUCAUUCAGCCCUCACAACCUGCUCACCUCUAUCCCCUAAUGCAGACUGAUGCCCCGUUUUCUGGUUGCUGCUGUAUCAUAAGCGCAUUAGGAACUUGUGUGUUAAAGCUAGCUGAAAGAACAGGUGUUACAUUGCUCUUUCCCACCUCUGAAACAUCAUUUAAGUAGAACUUUAGAUUGUAGAUUAGUUUGUUGCUAAAAUCAGAGGUGCUAGUAGCCUACUCUCAGGAGCCAAGCUGAAUAUCACAGCACACACACACGUAAAAAAGAACACCUGUUCUUACAUAUUUUUGUUAUGGUACCUAGCCUGGCCCCUGCGAGUAAGAUACUGGCAUAUAUCUCUCACUCUCUCCCCCCCCCCUUUAAUGCAAAGCAAGCAGAGGACACUGCCAGUUUGAAAGCAAGAGUGGCAGAGGAAGGUACUGAACUCUAUUUUUCCUUAUUCAAAAUGUUUCCCCUGCUGCAUUUCCUCCAGCUUCCUGUCGAUGCUCUACAUCUGGAGCAAAAUUAUUGGGAAACUAUUAGAGCCAUAUAACCAUCUAGUUUGGUCCUUCAGAUUUGCUGGGGAUGUUAACAUCAUAAAUAUACUAUAUGCCAGGACAGUAUACAGUCGUGUAGUGAAAAGCCUACAUUUCAGCCCCAGAUGCUCAUUAGUCAAUAUACAUUCUAUUAUUCUUUGCCUCAUUUCAAUAGUCAGCUGUCAGGUUUUCCUCCACUUCCUAAACAAAGGGAUGGAUGGGACAGAGCAUCUAGGAGGGAUGUUGGUGACGUGCGAAAGGCAGCAAUAUGACAAAAUUUAGGAGAAUGUAUUCCACGCUUGCUAAUCAGCUGGAGCUUGUGCAUUUUCCAGUGAACACCUAGUACCAUCCUCUGCUGUGCCAAGGAAGAUUAGUGCCAGUCACCUAUGCACUUAAAUAUACAUAUAUGCACACAUACUGCGUUCCACUGGCAAUCCACACCACUGCUUUAACUGGAAAGCCAUUCAGUGUAACUACAGAGAGGCAAAGAAGGGGAUUUAUAAAAAUUAAAAAAUGUUACUGUACAAUGCACAGAAUUCCUAAGAGAGGGUGGGUGGGAAGUUGCAUACAUUUAAAUACAGCAAACCUAGUUUGAAAGCAUGAUUUACUUGGUCGAAUAAAUUAUACCCAGCAGAUAGUACAGGCAGGAACUUCAACCAUUGUUAUCUAUGCAAACUCGUUUGCAUUUUGAACAGGGUGAACACUCAUGCUAAAAUAAAGUAUGCCCCACACAGGUGGGCUGCACGUUUUAUAUGUGUAUAUAUACUGAGUAUUCCACAAAAUUAAAAACAAAUCUCAGCCCAGGUUUAAAGCAAUUGAAACUGAAUUACACAACAAUAGGUUUCCAACUCUGUCCUAGUCCAGUCAAUCCCACCGUUUACCACGUAUGAUCUUGGAUGUAGCGCCAGUUUUGCCUGCAUGUACUGUGCGGUCAUCAAAACAGGGUCCUACGUUGCACAAUAACUCUGUUGAUCCUUUCAGUGAUGCUCCUGCUACUGAGAUCUCUCAUCUGACUUGUGUCCUUAAUGGAGGGUUGUUGGUGCUAUCUGUAAAAAUAAAAGGCUAGAUCGAAAACCAAAAUGACAAAGAGCCACAGGCAAACAACCAAGUCCGUAGAUGCUUCUGACAUGCAAGGAGAAGCCACUUUAUCUUUCAGUGCCUUCGAAUCCAACCAGGCACGCAUCCGAGUCUUGUGAUUUAUUCUGAUAACAUGAGUUUCAUAGGUUGACUCAUUUAACAGUCAAGUUCAGAAUGCUAAAGGAGAUUCUGCAGUGAGGAUUCAAGCCAGGUGACCUAAGCCAAUGGCUUCCUAGCACAUAGAAACAAGUCCUUCAAUGCUAGCUGCAAAACUCUCACAGAUUAUUUUUAUUUACAUGAUCUGACCAAGCAGACUUCUGUCUAGUGAGCAUCUCCUCUAUUUUUGACCAGGCCACUGUUUCUUGAAAAUGUCUAAGGAGUCAUAAUGACGCAACCGUUUCUAGUCUUAAGCAAGAGGAGUAGAAUAAUUUAACACUCCUGAAGGGAUCAGAACUUUCUCACUUACCUCUAGCUUCCUGGCUAGGAUAAAUUUUCUGGCAUGGCUUAAACUCAUCAGGAGGGGGAAAUUCUUCCACGGAAUGGAAAGUAAAUUUAGAUUCAAAGUCAUCUGGAGAAUCAAAUGGAAAACACCCCUUUGAGAUACAACAAUUCAACAAAUUCAAGGAACUGUAGAAAAACGAUACAUACUUAAAAUUUACUGAUGCACAUUUGCUUUUUUUUCUAUAUCAUUGUUUAGGUUCUUCUCUUGCCAUUCCUUAGUAAAUUAGAACACCUUAUUCAUGGGUGAAUACCCCAUCGUUUUGCGAGAAGACAAGUUCCUGCAAGCUUUAAGCUUGCCAUUUUUAUCUUUGGGCAGGGCAGAGAUGUAAAUUUAUCAACGUUACCCAUUAUGUGGACUGCUCCAUUCUUAAUUGCCGAGCAGAGGUCUGGGCUAGGCAGCCAUGGAGAUACUUGGGCAUACUGGCAUUUGCUUGAGAGUUCAGUUGUCGGAGACCUUGCAGGAGGUACUGGGGGUGGCAUCAGCUUUCCUAAGAGAAAGUAUACAUUAGAAAAAGGCUCAGAGAAGAUAAGCAAACUUUGCAUCAGACAUACGUACUUGUUUUUUUUUUUUUAAUACACUUACAUCUUCUCCUCCUCCCAAGGAGCUCAGGCUAACGUAAAUAACCUGUACACCAUCCCUGUGAAGUAGGCUAUAGGCAAAGAGCAGGACUAAAUAUUCAGAAAACCCCUAUGUUGCAGCCCUUUUGGCAUGAGACCACUUUAAACUGCAGGCUAGUUGACAUGCAACCUACGUAAAACAACAAUAGUAGUCCCUCUGUGCAAUAUCUGCGCAGGGGAAAUGCAAUGCUGCUGAUUCUAACAUUGUGAGAACAUAUCUACCGGUAGUCCAACAACCUGUCUUUACAGUGGACACCCAGACACCCAUGGAAAGCAGAACCUGAGCGCAACAGGACUCCCAUUGUGAAAUAAAUUUCUAAUCUUACCCACUUUCCAAGGUGCUUGCUUUCGAUGGACAAGGAUGAUCUUAUUCAUUAUUAUUUAUUACAUUUGUAUACCAACCUAUACCCUGAGGACUCAGGGUGGUGACAACAUGAAACCACAAUAUAAAAACGCAAAAUACGUAAUA